AUGCUCGACCAUCGUUCAGCUAACGGAAAUGCGAAUCUACCUUCCUAUGUGUUUUGCUCUUCAGAACAAUCGCAGCAUCAUGCUGAAGAAACGCGUAAAGGAAUUUAUGCUCUCCACCCAGGGGAGAUAUUUUGGCGGGAUAGGCAGCCAUACCUCAACGACCACGGUUAUGCGCUACGUCCUCGCUAUCAUCCAGAUUGGUCUCCAUCAUGGGAAGGCACUAAUAUGGACCCGAUGUUCUGCGAAGACUCAAUAGCAUUGAGGAUUAAUAUGGUCAUCGAUGCUACCCGGAAGUCAGACGGGUUGCUGGUUUCCAUCAAGACAGUGAAGCGAGACGGUGAGGAAGUCCGCAUCGCGAACUAUCUCUCCAGGCCGGGCGUCUCUUUGCACCCUCUGAAUCGUUGCGUGCGUGUGCUGGACAUUUUCCCGGACCCCUUUGACCAGAAUGCGGCCUUCAUGGCCAUGCCAUACCUACGACCAUUUGACAAUCCCGAAUUCGGUGCUAUCGGGGAGGUUACCGAGUUUGUUCGGCAGACACUGGAGGGACUCAGUUUUCUUCACGGUCAACGUGUUGCACAUCGGGACUGUGCAGCCGCUAAUAUCAUGAUGGACGGCGCACCGUUGUAUCCGCAGGGGCACCAUCCCGUUCGUCGCGAGAGCAGCCCCAAUGGCAUCUAUCUCCUCUCCCCGUUUUCACGCCUCGACCAUCCGGUACAGUACUACUUCAUCGACUUCGGCAUAUCUUCUCUGUUCGAGGACGGUGAAUCGCCGUACGUCGUCGGGCGGAAGGGAAGGGAUAAGGAGCUUCCCGAGUUAUCCGAUGACAUUCCAUACAACGCGUAUAAGGUCGACAUCUUCAUCCUAGGCAAUUUAUUCAAGAAGGACUUCGUACAGAAGUAUCAUGGCCUUGAAUUUCUCGAGCCACUAGUUAAAGCUAUGACCGCGCGAGAUCCUGCACAUCGUCCUGACGCAGAGGUCGCAUUGACAGUAUAUCACGACAUCCGUCGCGGGCUGAAUCCUCCCCUUCUACGCUGGCGGCUUCGUCCCCGAGACGAAUCUGCACCCGAGCGCAUCUUGUAUGACUCUGUCGCGGUUGCAAGGGAAGGUAUAUACCGCUUGAAGCAUAUCGUUGGUUAG